GAUUAACCCUGCAUUUUUUAGAAUCAAUUUUUCAGUAUAUAAAUUGUUAAAACUAAAUUUAAAAGAAUUUCAUUUUGUCCCAACAACAAUUAAAUAAAUUCAUUACGCUAUUAUUACGGAAUUUAUUGACGCAGACUGGGGGGUACUGAGCUGUGGCACAACUAACGUGGCGCUGAAGGAGGGGUCAGCCAUUCUGUGAAGAAAGUCUCUUCUUGUUGUGUUGAUUACAAAUGUGAUAAUUUUUCGUAUUUAUUUAUAUUUGUGAUAAGAAGAAGUAAACAUGUCCUCCUCAGGAGAUUUCGGAAAUCCGUUGAGGAAAUUUAAGCUGGUUUUUUUAGGUGAACAAAGUGUGGGGAAAACUUCCUUAAUUACCAGGUUUAUGUAUGAUAGCUUUGAUAACACAUACCAAGCAACAAUAGGUAUUGAUUUUCUGUCGAAGACCAUGUACUUAGAAGAUAGAACUGUUAGAUUACAGCUCUGGGAUACAGCUGGUCAGGAAAGAUUCCGUAGUUUGAUACCUUCGUAUAUCAGAGAUUCGACCGUAGCUGUUGUAGUCUAUGACAUUACAAAUGCCAAUUCAUUUCAUCAGACAUCAAAAUGGAUCGAUGAUGUACGGACUGAACGAGGCAGUGAUGUCAUCAUCAUGUUAGUUGGUAACAAAACCGAUUUAUCCGAUAAAAGGCAAGUUUCUACAGAAGAAGGCGAGCGCAAGGCGAAAGAGUUAAAUGUGAUGUUUAUUGAGACCAGUGCAAAAGCAGGCUAUAAUGUUAAACAGCUGUUCCGCAGGGUAGCCGCAGCACUGCCUGGCAUGGACUCUCCAGAAAACAGACCUCCUGAAGAUACUGUUGAUUUACAAACGCAGCACUCACCACAACAGGACCAGCAGGAUAACGAGGGAGGAUGUAUUUGCUAAGAUAUGACUUCAAUAGUGCUUUCUUUACAACAUUACAAAUACAUUAAAUUUUUAAAAUACAGCUAAUAACGAAUAUCUGUUUUUGUAUCUUGUCAUCGACAAAUUCUGUGAAAUAGCUGAGAAUUUUUGUAAUUAUAAAUAUUAUAAGGUUAAAAAGAAAAAAAAAAGUUGCAAGAAGUCUAAGUGUAUUUGAGCGAAAAGAUGAACCAUGGUUUGCUCACAUUGGCGCUUUGCCUAUCGUUUAAAUGAGAUGAAAUGAUAAAUUUCUCAAUUUUUGCAGCAAUAGUAGUGCCCUUGAUGCAAUUAAUAUCACAUGUUAUUUAUUAUUCCAUUUAUUGUUUCUUAUAAUUUUCUCAUAAAUAAGUCAAAAGUUAUCUUAGCUCUACAAACACAGCUGCUGUGAUCUUAUCUAGAAAUUGUUAUUUAUUAUAAGUGUUAGUUUGAUUGCUUUUGAUAAUUCAAAUUGUUUUAGUCAAAUAUUUAUUAUGAAUUAUUUGUACCAUUUCAUUUCAAAUCAAUGAGAGUCAGUAAUUGGUUCCUGAAAGAAAUCAUUCAUAUUUUUUAAAAAUCGUAUUGGUUGAUAGAAACAAAUAAAAUUUUUUGUCUGACUUAACUGAAAUUUGUAGGUACCGUAUCUCAUAAAUUAGUAUGAUCAUAGUGUUCAGUGCUGGCCUUGGGGAGGCCUGCCACCAGUUAGGAAUUAAAAAUAAAAUAAAAUGAGGCUAAUUAAUUUUAGCCUAUUAAUAAAGUAACUGAAUCAAAGACACAUUGAAUGAUAUAAAAUUAACUUUUUGGAGGAGAUGAUGUCAUUCCCCGUGGGAGCCAAAUGUCUAAGGCUGGCACUGGUAGUGUUUAGAAUUUGUAUUUUGUUCCUAAAUGUAAUACAAUAUUUCAUAAUCUUUUAUACAUGACAAUUCACAUUCUCAUGAAAUAAUAAUAAUGUGCUCAGUCUUUUGUUGUUUUUGUGUAAUUCCAUAUAAUUAGCUGGUGAAUUUUAUGAAUUUUAGCAGAUGAAGUAUUUUAUUUUUAGUUUGAAAGGUUAACUGUUUGAUGCCAGUUAUACAAUAUAUUUUUAUAAUUUAUUAAAAUGCUUUUGUGCUAGUUUAUGCAUAGUUAACAUUUGAUAAUUAGUUGAAUUCAUGCUUUCAAACAAUAGCAUAAUGCAAAAUUAUGGUUUUAUUUGUUGGCUACAUUUAUUGAAGCUUUAAGUGUCAAAGUUGACAUGGUUUUUAAAGUAUCAAUUAUAUUUUCAUCAAUACAGCACUCCAAACCCGUUCCCCUACUCCCCUUGUUAAAAUUUUUUUAAAAACUUUAAUGAACUUAAGUGGUUUUUAUUUGACAUUUUGAUUAGAUAUUUUAAUUUAUCAUUAAUAAUUACUACCUAAUUCUGUUUUUGGAUGCACUUUCUACUGCUAUUUCACAAAACCUAUUUUAUGCGUAUUAUAAUUUGACAAUAAAUGUAAAUAACUGAAAUUUUAUUUUUAAAAUACUGUUAUCUAAAUUAUUAGUUUUUUUUUUCUUGACAUGUUCAUAUAAUAUUAAUUACGUAUAAAGCAAACUCAUUUAUUGGAGAUUCAGAUUCAGAACACAAGAAAGUUUUAUGAUAGAAACUGCUUAACUAAUAAUGUUUUCUUAUUUUAAAUGAUGUUAAUCUAAUACAAAUUUUCAAUACAAUUCAUUUAAUGAGGGUGUUUCAAUUUUUUGAGUUACUAGUUUAAAUUAGUUAUCAUCGAAUCUGAGAAUGUAAAGUUCACAGUUAAAAUUCCUCAUUGAUUUGGUAUGAAUUGAUCUAAUAGUUUCUUUGGAUGUUGUAUUAGAUUUGUAAAAGUAAACCAUAUAAUUUUUUUUCUCCCACUUGCUAAAAUAUUUGCUGGUCUACGCCUGGUUGAAUAUGGCAUGAAACCGACACUAUUUUGUUGCAAAAGUUUUAAUGAUCCUUUCUUUUGUAUUCACAUAAUUUUUAGAAUAAAGAAGUUGUGACAGCUUA